CAUAGCUGGACCCGGACCCGAGUCUUUAAGCGGGAGGGGCCUAGAUCUAUUCUCUCCAGCUCGGGUCCUCAGGCUGGGGGUGCAGCCACCCUCAGCCCCCUCUGGGCACAGAAGUCCGGUAGUUUCUCCUCCUUUUCUGCAGACUUAACCUCGUGGAGAAAAGGCAAAGAAAAUAAUUUAGGAGUCACUCUCCCUUCCCAUAAAAGGCGAGUGGGCGCCUGGAGGGUGCAGUGGUCCUGUGGACUUGUGUUCCUGGCGGCCGUGACCUUGGCCCUGUUUCAGAAGCUGAGCCGCCGCUGGUCAGGGGGCAGCAUGGCGGUGUCAGCUAUCACCGGCUUCUCGCUGGUCAGCCUCCUCAGCUUCGGCUACCUUUCGUGGGACUGGGUCAAGCCGGGCCACCAAGCUGAUGGGCCUCGGGCCUCUGGGGACAAGCCUGCCCCAUCGCCCUCGCAGUCUGCGUCCCCACCUCCGCCCCACAUCAUCUUCAUCCUCACUGAUGACCAAGGCUAUCAUGAUGUGGGCUACCAUGGAUCAGACAUUCAGACCCCGACGUUGGACCGACUGGCCGCAGAGGGUGUAAAGCUAGAAAACUAUUACAUCCAGCCCAUCUGUACCCCUUCUCGAAGCCAGCUCCUCACUGGCAGGUACCAGAUCCACACAGGACUCCAGCACUCCAUCAUCCGUCCUCGUCAGCCCAGCUGCCUGCCUCUCGACCAGGUGACACUGCCACAAAAGCUGCAGGAAGCGGGUUACUCAACUCACAUGGUGGGCAAAUGGCAUUUGGGCUUCUAUAAGAAGGCGUGUCUGCCCACGCGACGUGGCUUCGAUACCUUCCUGGGCUCAUUGACGGGCAACGUGGACUACUACACGUAUGACAACUGCGAUGGGCCUGGUGUGUGCGGCUACGACCUUCACGAGGGUGAGAGUGUGGCAUGGGAGCAGAGCGGCCAGUACUCUACCCUGCUGUAUGCCCAGCGUGCCAGCCAGAUCUUGGCCAGCCACAGUCCCCGCCAGCCCCUCUUCCUCUAUGUAGCCUUUCAGGCUGUGCACACACCGCUGCAGUCUCCCCGUGAGUAUCUGUACCGCUACCGUACCAUGGGCAAUGUGGCUCGGCGCAAAUAUGCCGCCAUGGUGACCUGUAUGGAUGAGGCUGUGCGCAAUAUCACAUGGGCCCUGAAGCGUUAUGGCUACUAUGACAACAGCAUCAUUAUCUUCUCCACUGAUAAUGGUGGCCAGACCUUUUCUGGAGGAAGCAACUGGCCCCUUAGGGGCCGCAAAGGCACCUAUUGGGAGGGCGGCGUGCGUGGCAUCGGCUUUGUUCACAGCCCCCUGCUCAAGAGGAAGAGGAGGACGAGCCGGGCACUGGUACACAUCACGGACUGGUACCCUACCCUGGUGACUCUGGCUGGGGGCAGCGUGUCUGAGGCGGAGGGGCUGGAUGGCUACAAUGUGUGGCCGGCCAUUAGCGAGGGGCAGGCUUCACCUCGCGUGGAGAUCCUGCACAACAUUGACCCUCUCUACAACCAUGCCAAGCAUGGAUCCCUUGAGGGUGGCUUUGGCAUUUGGAAUACCGCUGUGCAAGCUUCUAUUCGAGUCGGUGAAUGGAAGCUGCUGACAGGGGAUCCUGGCUACAGUGACUGGAUCCCCCCACAAACUCUGGCCAACUUCCCUGGCAGUUGGUGGAACCUGGAGCGGUUGGCAGAUGGCACCCGCCAGUCUGUGUGGCUCUUUAACAUCAGCGCUGACCCCUAUGAACGCGAGGACCUGGCGGCCCAAAGGCCCGAUGUGGUCCGUUCCUUGUUGGCUCGGCUGGCGUAUUACAACCGGACAGCCAUCCCUGUGCGCUACCCUGCUGAGAAUCCUCGGGCCCACCCUGACUUCAAUGGGGGUGCCUGGGGCCCGUGGGUUAGUGAGGAAGAGGAGGAAGGGGAAGAGGAAGAGGAAGAGGCUGGGGAAGGGAGGGGCCGGGGUUCUCCCCGGGGCAGAAAUAAGUGCAAAAUUUGUAAACUUCGCUCUUUCUUCCGCAAGCUCAACACCAGGCUGAUGUCCAACCGCAUUUGACUGGGGGGUAGGCUGGGGGUGGGGUUCUCUAAUUCCAACUUUUCCUCCGGGGCUCCUUCUGGCUGGCACCCAUUCAUGGCUGGGAAACCCUUAGAGAAGAGACUGCUGGUUACCUAAGCACCUGUUUUCUCUUAGAGGAAGAUGGGAGCUAGCUCAGCUGGUUGGGCUGGGAGAGGGUAUGCCCUGAAAGUGAACUGGGGAUAGUCCAGGAAUGGGAAUAUCCCUUAGGCUCAGCGCUGGGGCAACAGACACAACCUGAUCAGUGGUGAUACUUCUUAAUUCCAUAACAAUCCUCCUGAAGCUCAGCAGCAGAGAUGGAGGGGUGGGAAGGUGGGUUCAGGACCAGACCUUACAGCUUUAGCUGAUGGGAGCAAGGUUGGUACUAAGAGAGGGUAUGGAGGAGUAGAGAAAGGAUGGGGAAAAUAGUCAUGAUUAGGUAGGUGAGUACCCAUUGGGCCUGCUACAGAGGUCUCGUGCAUGGGGAGGGAAGUUGGCCUAUGAAAUCCCCACCACGUCUAAGAAGCUAUGAUUCUAGGAUUUGGGAGCUUCCUCCAUCCAGCUAGCCUCUGGCGAAGGGGGUGCUGGUGGUGGUAAUGGUAGUGAGUGGUCGCCAGUGACUCUCUGGCAUGUGCAAACAUGCAAGGCAGUAAACAUUAAGCACCUACUGUGUGCCAGGCACUGGGCUAAGCAAAUGAUUACAAACACACAUAAACAUUUAUACAGGUUAGGUCAUUGUGCAAAUGGGUAUAAAUAUGUACAUGUGUAGUCAUUGAUAAGUCAUUGAUACACACCUACGUGUCCAUCUGUCCAGUGUAUGCCCUGGGAUUGGGUGGGGGAAGGGAAGUUGGGAGUGGAUUGUGGAUGUAUGUAUAUACAUGUGUGUAUGCACACGUGUAUGUGCACACUGAGGGGCAGGCACGAGGGCUGUGGGGGUUAAAAGCCUCUAAUGUACAGUGCGUUUUCAUUCUGCACAGCCUGUUCCGUGUUUCUCCCUCUAGGUUCCAGUCGGUGCUGCAUGUGUAGGCGAUGGCUCUGCUGUGAAUUUUGAAAAUAGUUAUUUUUGUCUCUGGCAAAUGAGGCCUGUUAGGACUUGUCAGCUCAGGGAUGAGCUGCAGGGGGUGGGGGGGAGGGGUUCUGCUGUCACAAAAUCACAUUCGUUUGAAACCGGCCACUGAAGGAUUUGACACAGCCUGGGGGCCGGUGGCCAAAGGGAAUAGACUGAGGGCAGCAGGAAGAGGCCUAAGGAGGAUGGCAAGAGAGCAAGAGGGGCCCCUCCUCUUCCCUCCAGUUCCAUCUCGCUUCACCUUAAAGUGAAGCAUUAGAUUGGUUUUGCCCCAGGGCUGGUAGGAAGAGGUCUGGUUGGGAAGGCUGGAGGAUCAGUAUCUAAAGAUUGCUUCUUUAUAGGGGUUGCCAUGGGUCCUGGCAUAGAUGAUUGUCCAGCCAUGGCACCGUGGGUACAGUCACUGCAGGUGGGAAGGCUCUCCUUUCCCUACUCUCCUCAUCAAGGGGUGAGGGGACUGAGGAGGGGCACCAUGAUGAUGAGACCCUGAGAGUGGCUGCUGUGGGCUGUUGUGCCACAUGACGAUGAGAGGAUGAAGGUUGGUGAUUGCUCUGGGGAGUCAGGGCUUCUCCUGAAAUGAUGGGUCUGAUCUGGACCAGCCCCAUGGAGAGCCCUAAUUGCUCUGUACCACUCUGGCUAACCUGUCUUUUGCCUGAGGCCUCACCGGUUUAUUCCGAACUUGCUAAUGUGCCUUGGAGGGACACAGGCCCAAUAAAGUAUGGAUGGCCAACACUA